AUGGAACUAAGGCCAUCAACGAAUGUCCUUCAUUUUGCAUUCAUUUUAACUCUUGGUAAAGUUUACGCCUUCAACUUGGACGUCAAAUCGCCGGUUAUCUACGAUGGCCCCGCCGAAAGCGACCUCUUUGGUUAUACUGUAGCAACACAUUCCUAUAACGGUCAGAAGUGGUAAGUUCAAUUCAAGUGCCUUUAAAUUUGGAUGUUUACUUAGGAAAACCUUCUUUGCGGUUAUUCUCUGUUCGUAAAAUUUUUUAUGCCACGUAACUUUGAAUAUUCCGUUUCCUAUAUUUACAUUGAAUUGUUGGUGUUCAAUACUUGGCGAAAAAUUAAUUCUGAAUGGACUGCUCGCUCAGUCUGAAGGCACUGAUGCCAAACGACAUGCAAGUGAUUUGCUAAAAUUUCAUAUUAAGUCUCACUUCUUCGCCUGAGGUGAUUUUUACCUUUUAUAUCUUCUCAGAGAAGUAGACGCCGGCAAAAUGUAUUCCUGAGUCUUCUAAACAAAUAUUUAUGUUGAGCAACUUUUACAGCAAAUUAACCACAAUACUUGUAUCUUUGUAUUUCGUGACUAUUCAUCGGCGGUUUAAAUGAAGCUGAUCUGAAGCAUCACCGUGAAGCAGCGCUAAAUCUGUCGAAAUCUUCUUAAAAGCUUAGAAACAGCGGUUUUUAUGUUCUCAAUUACUUACAUGCGACUUGGAAUCUUUGCUACAGACGUUUACAAAGAACUGUAAACACCGUGAGACGUUUUACCUCGCACGGCCUGACGGCAACGUCUUUGUAAUUAUUAGUUUUUCCUGUUUUGUCCGGCGGUAUGUACGACUACUUCGAUUUUCGUUUCAACUCAACAACUAAUUAUGGAUUAUUAGAGAGGCUUGGUCUUACCGAAGGGUCACACUGAGUUUGGAUUGUCAGUGUUUCUUUGCUAAGAAUCAAGGCCAAAUUUAAUGCGCAACAGACUAUGACUUAUGAACUUGCUAAUAGCUUGCAGUGUCAAUUAAGACUACAAACACGCAUUGAGGCUGAUCCAGACAGUACACAAAAGCACAGAAUUAGAAAUUUCCCUGAGGGAGAGUUCAAAUGAAGAAGUAGCUGUGACAAAUAAUUAUAGUGUUGUUCUUCGCAAAUCUAAAACGCCUCCGUCAGCAGAAACGUUUCCAAAGCCGGUAUAAUUUUUCAACCGGUGGAAUUUUUAUUUUGUAACGUGAUUUUCAACUCGAGAAAAAUGUCAAGCCUUUUCUGGGUGUAACCUGGCACAUCAGGAAGUUUUAAGAAGGGUUAAAAUGUUUCCUUAGAAAAUAACUGGAUACCUACACUUAUUUGCCCCGUAGACUGAUUGAACGAUAGAGAAUUUUUGUUUUUGAUUCGGUGUUAUUUUUACGUAGUUCCUUUUCCUUGAGCGGAAAAGAGACGCAUGGGAAAUACUGGCGAGGAAAUAUCUUCUCCGCGAAGCGCACGCUUUUAAAGGUGAAUACGUAUUAAACUUUGUUUACAACGUGUUGAUGACAUAAUCUUAUUUACAUGUGUUCAUCGUUUACUUGGGAAAAUGCAAGAUCUUGUGGUUGAAAGCACUUAGUAUUUAUAUCUAAGUGUAAAUCAGGAAGGAUCUAGAUAUUUUGUCCGUAAAAAGAUUCCUUCUCAAAUCAUUUACGCGUUUCUAGGAACUGAACUACAACAUCGCAUGUUGAGAGCGAAGCAAAGUUAGUCCCUCAAUUGCUUCUACGUAACUGCCCUCCGGAAAUAUCCUAUGAAUCUUAAAUCGCCGAUACGAAAGGGUCUAAAUUAGAGUACUCUUUGUCAAUUGACAGCUAGAAGAUGAAUUUUUGACCCUUAGCAGUGUGGUCAAACGGUUGACUAUUUUGGGUCGUUUUUGAUAAAACAAUUAUGUCACUCGCUCUUGUUGUACGGCCCUCGUUGACUAUUUUUCAUCUCGUAUUAACGCGCGCUCGAGGAACAAUUGUUUAUAAGACACUGUGUUGAUUGACAACUUCUAGGUGAUAAUAAACGAGGUAUUUCACUACCCGCUGACUCAGCACGAAGUUUAUUUUCAAAUAAAGUCUUCAGCACGAGCGUUUCUUCGCCAGCGGGAAAGUAUGAGGUCUUCAUGAUCAGCAACGCCAGCCGGGGACAGGUCUGUAACAAUUAGUGCCAGACCCCCGGAAAAUCUCGCUUCUACUCGUCUCAAAUCUUCCCGCAGGCGAAGAAACGCGCGACCAACGGCGCCAGUAAUUAAGGCCUGCUCGCAGCUAAUAAAAACGUUAAGUUUUCAGCAAGAGAAUAUACACUGUUGAUAUUAUCUUGGUUUUCAGUGAUACUCUUAUAAUAGUCAAAAUGUAGGGAAGACCUCGAUAAUGCUGACCACCACUGAAACUUAGAAGAUUCAUUAAAGUUCACCAGGCAACCAGGUGGACAAUCAGACAUAGUUUGAUGUUACUCUGGUUUACUUACUACCUGACGUCUAUUUACACCUCGUCAGAAAAAAGGCAGCUAAUUAAUGAGAAUGUAAAAGGACCUCUUGCUGCAGCGAUUAGUUCACCCCUGAUGAAGGCACUAGACAGGAUUGUCGAAACAUUAGGUCUAUGAAUUGUAACUUCUCGGUUACAUUCAUUAAAUCUUUAAGCCAGAGUAGCCUCAAACCUUGUCUUAUAAGAUAAUUUUCCUUUACAUUGUUCUUCUGUUUACAGGUUAUUAGUUGGGGCACCUCUCAGUAACGUGACCUCAUCAAAUACACAGGAAGCCUUAAUCAAGUAUGGAACUGUGUUCAAAUGUGAAUACAAAUCCGGAUCAAAGUCAUGUUCAGAAAUCUUGAUGGAUCAUCAAAGUAAGUUCCUUUGAAUCAUUGUUCCCCGGUUUGUGAGAGCAAUUGAUUCUUAUUUUUUCAGCAACACAUCCGGCAACAGAUAUCCAUAGUCAAUCUUGUUCCCAGGAUCUGUCUUUACCUAAGGGGCAGGGAGAAGAGAAAUCCUGAAGGGAGACAUCUUCAACGAGAGUAUAGAAUUUCCACAAAGCAUAAUUAUAACCUGCAUGGGUUCAAUCUGCCUUAUGAUGGAAUAGUGAUAAGGCUUAUUUCAAACGUUUCUGACUGAUUUGGUAUGCAAGGUAGGCAGAAGUUUGAAGCCUUUCAGUCAACGGAAAACUCAAGCACGCCUCCUUCGAAUGGAGUCGAGUUUUUAGGUUCGGUUGUUCACAAAACAUCCGCUCUACAUUUCAGUAUUUGUCCCAUCACAAAUUAUGCUUUCACAAACCACACUAAAGUAACUCGAGCGUUUUUAUCGCAGCGCCAAAGAAGGAGGUACAUCAGUUGGGUAACAGGACCGUCACUAUUGAAGUCGAAAAGAAAACGGAACAGUGGCUUGGGGCGACGUUGCAUAGCUCUGGCGAGAACGGAAAAGUGGUGGUAAGUCAUAAAUUUGUGUUACGCUCGCGGUCCGCGGAGACGACGGGAAAACACGUACGACGGAAGUCUGGAGAGAAAAAAUUACCAACAGUCCAGCUAUUUCCCAUUUGCGCCUACCCGCUUUUCGCGUCUUCUCCACUGAUCAGGAGUCUAAUCCUGGUCUCUUCUUUUCUAUUCUAUUGUUGCUGUUGAUUUGUUUAAAUAAAAGAAAUAUUUUGGCAACUGGUCGGUUUUACUUUAGGAGGAAUUAAGAAAGAUACACGUGAUUGUAGAGUGCGGAGAGCUUUCCGGAGAAAAAUGAAACCCAGACCCAUGCGUCGACGAAGGUCUUUAAGCUUAAAUUAAGUUAACGAAGUCCCUAGUCCGAUCAAGUUAAUUGACAUAGUGUCUUAACUUUUUGUAUCAAUCUGAAUAUUUGCUCCUGCUCGUGCCCCUGCACGUGCCGCAGCGCUAAUAAUAACUUAAAAACCUCUCGAUCAAUUUAAUUGUAUGGCAUUCUUUUACAUGUCAGACUUGUGCUCCUCGAUACACGGAGGCACCGUUCACGAGCAAGGAAGGAAUGAUCGAUCACCGGUACAUCGCUUUGAUAGGAAGGUGUUUCUUGAUGUACGGAGACCUUAGUAUUCAACGAGAGAUCUCUCCAUGCAAAGGUAUAAAAAAUAUAAUAGAUAAUGGCAGUAUUGUUUUUGCGUUGAGCCAUCGAAGUAUUCCACAAAUUGGUGUUACAUAUUCUUUGACCGUUUGUUCGGGACUGUUUCACUGUUACUUUGCACUGUUGUUUUUCUUAGGCCGAGUAGGACAACCUUACGGUUACUGUCAAGCAGGGACCAGCGCCGAAUUCAGCGCAGGUGGCGAGGAUUUACUAAUGGGUACCGUUGGAUUUUCCUCCGGCAAAGGUAAAAAUGUUGAUCUAGUUAGUAAAGUAAAGAAUGGCUAAAAUAACUGUCUUACUCCUAGACUUACUGCCACUUAUCUUUUUUUAUUCUUAGGUGGUUUGGCUGCCUAUUCUUUAUCUGCGGAAAAGAAUAUUUUCUCGCCGACUGCUUCCCUUAAAAUACACGCGUACAUGGGUAUGGAUGAUUAAUGCAUUCAUUUUUAAACAAUCUUAUUUGCUUCCGGAAGGAAUUGUGAGUCUUGAAUUUCGUUUGUUUUUAUUUUCAGGCUACGCAAUCUCAAGUGGUAAUUUUUGGAGCCAAAAAUCAACAGGUAAAUGAUGGUGUAAUUUUAAAAUAAUUUCCCCUUCCCUUGACUUGUGAAACGACUUUGGCGUAUUCAUUCACUUAUUUACUUAUUUUGAUCAUUGCAGAAUUUAUUGGAGGUGCACCGAGAGGGAACGACAUGCGUGGAAAAGUGAGCACGGGGACCUUAAUUUUUCGGUCUUAUAAUUAAGAUUUAUUACCAAACUUUCCCUAAAUAAGCAGAUAUUAUUUACCAAAGCCUUGUUGACAUAACGUAGACCCAAGGCUUUGACACUAACAUGUAGGCUUGUUAGGUAUGGUAGUUCUUUUCACACUUUGCCGACACCUGAUUUAACAAACAGUAGGACAGAAAAGUCAGAGAGUAUGUCAGCUAAAGUCUUUUCACUCCACCUUGAUACACUUAUUACCCUAGAUAUUCAGAAAACAGUGACUGAACUACGGUAUUCCCACAGGUUAUGAUGUACGCGUAUACGCUUGACAGAAAUGACAUACAAAUCAAGUCAGAGAUUCUCCCGCCACCAGGAAUUAAAGUAAGAGAAAUGAGGGGAACAAAGCGCUUUUGGAAUGAGUCGUCAGCUAUGUCAAACCCGUAACAUCGGAACAGCCAAUCAGAACAAAGGAAACACCACGAGGAGAUUACGAGGGCUUAAACCGUAUUUAAAGUACUCGAGACGCUGGGAAACGCGGGAGAUCAAGCUGACAGGGUGCAUAGCGCUGGUUUCCUUGACCAAUUAACUGAUCAAUCUCAUAGCAAAGUAAAGAAUAAAGCGAAAUAUAAGCAUCUGGUGGAUUACUUCUACAUAAAAACUGUUCUGGCUGAGUUGUCCGUAAUCAUAGUAUAUUAAUUUUUUAGGUGAAAAGUCUUAGACUAUUGGAGAUGGCUUUUCUAAACCAGCGUACCCGCACAAUGAUUCGAAGCUUAACCUGUUUUUUUACUUUUCUUAUUCAGGUUGGGAGUUAUUUUGGAAGCACGAUCUGCGUGGUUGAUCUAAACAAUGACAAGUCAGUAUUGUGGACACACCACACGAUUAUAUGUAUAUUUAAUACUCAAUAGGCUGGGCAAGAAAAGGUUCUAAUUUUGUUUACCUCUCCGUUCUCUCAGCUUUUCAGAUUUACUGGUCGGUGCCCCACUGGCCUCAGACAGCGAUGAGGGGCGGGUGUUUGUAUACGUUAACAAUGAGAUGGUAAGGUUACUUUUUUCGUUUCUGAAACUUUCUUCCUUCGUCGAUCACUUCUGUCGUUAUAUCUUUUUUUUUAUUUCUGAAUUCCCUCCCAAAGUCCGUUUAUAAGCCAGUCAGUCACUCAGUCAGCCGGUCAGUCAGCCAGUCAGUCAGUGCUUCUUCCCUUAAAUCAUUCAAAGUCCGUUUGUAAGCCAAUCAGUCAUUCAGUCAGCUGGUCAGUCAGCCAGUCAGUCAGUGCUUCUGCUCUUAAAUCAUUCAAGUCAUCAGUCAUUUUUUCAAUUUGUCUUGUUAAUCAUUCACUGCAAAUUGAACGGAUGUCAUCAUCAUCAGGCACAGUCAUAUUUUAGACUAACCUGGCUAUAGGUAAUGGUCAUUACAACUAAAGCGCAUCUGAUAUUACUAUAGACUAAACUUCUGAGCGACACCAAAUUAAGAGAGAUAUUGUGUUUCUUAUAAAUAUUUAAGGGUGCACUUGAUGUACAAGAUCCUCUCGGUCUCGUUGGUGACAACAUACCUUAUGGACAGUUUGGUAGAGAAAUAGCAAGAGUAGGAGACCUAAACAAAGAUGGCUUCCAAGGUACAGUUCACCUUAGGAGGAUUAUCCUUCAUUUCUUAAUUAAGUCCUUCCUAUAUCAGGCUAACUUGGUACAGAAUUAAGGUGCUCAAAAUUAAAUGUAAGAAAUGUGUGACAGUAGCCAGAUAAGACCUUAUAAUUCCUUUGUAGUUCUGAAAGCUUUUAAGGUGAGACACAAGGUUUAAGUGCUUUCCACUUUAACCCCACUUAUUGCCUGGCAGAUGUUGCAGUUGGUGCACCUUUCGAAGGCAAUGGUGCUGUCUAUGUUUACCACGGCUCCAGGAGUGGAAUUAACCCUACAUACAAACAGGUUUGUCUUCAGGCCAAUUCAAAGUUUUCCUCCAACUAAUCUAACUCAAAAUGGUGUUAGAUCGGUUUGUCCAGUCCUAGUCUCAGCCAUUUGAAUACAAUUUCCCAUCUGACUAUAAUAAGUUGCAUAUAGUUUUACUGCUCCUAUUGAUUUUCUUUUAAUUCGAAAUCCAGGGGAAAAAGUACAAACGGUUGAUUGGAAAGUUUCGGCCAUGAUAUUAUUAAACCCGGCUGUUCUCAAAUUAUAACAAUUGUAGCCAUUGGUCCUGGAUUUGCGCCUUUGAAUAAUCUACUCUUGGGCUUGGGUGCUUAGUUGAACGCUGUCUCUCAAUCUUUGUAAUCUUCUUUUGAAAGAGUCGACUUGAAUUGCUUCCCCCGUGCCUGUAACUCUCUCAGCUUUUCUUUCUUCUAUUUCGUUGCAGAAACUGAGAGGUUCAUCCGUGGAUCCAGGACUGAGAUUGUUUGGCUCAAGCCUUGCUGGAAUUGUUGACAUGGACAGCAAUGGGUAUCCAGGUAGAAUAUCGUUUAUUAGUCUACAUCAGUAGUGCUUGUCGCGUGCGCUGAUUGGCUGGUUCGGAAGUAGAUAGCAAGUACUUUUCUCUUCCGAACGGCUGAUGAGACAAAAUUGCGCGUUAAGAGUUUAAAUUCUGACCACUUUACGGUAUAUUGAAAGAAAUAAACUUAUUUUUUGGUAUCUUUGUAGUAUAGAUUUUGUAUGAAUAUUUACUUUGCCACUUCGCAGCUUGGUAAAGUCAACCACCAUCCACCUCCACUUCGGUUAAUAAUUGUUAAAUAGUAGAUAUUCAGAAAUAUAAGAGGGUGAUACUUCAGAAUAAGUAAAUUUCUGAUCCCUCUUUCGUUCGUCAUUGUCAAAAGACACCUUGUAUCUCGGCUAAAAAACGGCGAGCGCUGAGAAAGUCGCUCUAGUCGUAAAGGAUCCAAUCAAUCUACAAUUGGCGCAUUGUACUCUCAAGUCCGCUGCUUUCACCCGAUAUGGUAACCAAAUUAGGUUAUGUUCUGACAGGCAGAGUUAAACGGGGGUCAGGGGAAGCACCUGGACAAGACUGUUUUCAUCUUCCAAAGGCGACAAGUCGCCUCAUUUUUUAGAUUUUGACGGCACCUCGACGGUUUUUACGUAAUGAACUACAACCCGAUGUGCGCUUUUGUCGAGGUCUAGUGUCGUCAUUAGGAAAAUCUUAAUUGAACAUCUUUCGCUGGGAAUGAGCGACAGCAACUUCCCAAAACGUGUUAGAGCCCUUGCUAGAGGUUUUUGCUUUUAGUUAAUGGGGGGAGGGAGGAAUUUGGUAGAUGCACCACUUUUAAAUCCCUUGACCUUACAUUAGUGUACACUUGUUGUCAGGAUGUAACGGUGCCUUUUCUGUUUCCGUAGAUAUCGCCGUCGGUGCGUACGGAUCGAAUAAGGCAGUUCUAUUUAGGUAUGUAUUGACAGAAAAAGUAUUCUAUCAAAUCAAAUUAAACGUAAGUAGAUAUCCUGCUGAAACCCUUGGCUCCAAACAAAAGAAACGUGCUUGACAGUUGUUUUACGUUGUGUGCUUAUCACUUCGCCUUUUUUUGUCUCUACCCAUCUCGCCACUUUGAAGCUUUUCUUUCAUAAUAUUAUUCAAAGAAAUAUUUGCUAUUACUACUUGAUUUAAUUUGAGUGGCUUUGAUUUUGUUUUCAGCAUCAGUAAUCGUUGUUUUCUGCCCUUUUUGCCACAAAAGUAGCCAAUUUGGCGGACUAUGAACAUUGUAAGCUAAUAUUCCUUGCUCAUGUUGGAUUUUUCAGAACUCGUUCCAUCGUGAAUGCCGAAGGAGAGAUUCAGCUGAGUAGGAACCAGAUCAUUGUAGAGAGCGAUGACAAUUUGUGUCUUUUGGAUGGAGGGAAAUAUUAUAAAUGGUAAGUUAUGCAAUGGCUCGGAAGAAAUUAAUUUUUACGGGGACUUGAUUGGAUGUAGAUGUACUAGUUCUCAAUAAUCUGAGUCAUUGUCAGCGUGCGAUGUGCAAAGGUACCUCAGGUCGAGAAAGACUACAAAAUAUUAUUUUGAUGACACAUAAAAAACACCAAAAUAACAUGUGGACGAAUGAACCAAAGUGUAACGACGUGAUGACUGACAAGCGCCCUUGCCACCUCCCUCCCCCCCCCCCCCCCCGUAUUUUUUCUUUGUUCGUUUUUCGGAACAGGCUACCCAUUGACUGUCACCAUAACGUACCGUCAGUAGUAAAAUUCCUUCAACACAACUUGUUGAUUUAAAGUUGUGACUGAUCCGAGAGAACUGAGCCCUUUUUUUGUUAAAAUUGUUUGGUUCGUUUCUUCAAGAUUGCUUAAUCGAUAUGUUUCUUCAUCUUUUAGUUUGAACCUUUCUGUGUGUUUCUCAAAUAAGGAUAAAGGAGCUGCAAACUUUGCAGGUACAGUAACGCUUUUUUCUGUACUAUUUUUUAAACAAAAUUUCGAAAAUUCAUGGUCUACAGAUUGUCGAGAUAUCAUGUGGCUUCAGCUAACAUAUUACGAGGUUGUUCAGCGGGUAAUGAAACGGAGAUGUCCCGUUCUAGGGCGUUCAGUUAGCUAAACAAAUUGCGAUAGUAAACGGCGCGAUAUUAGUGUGGGAGUUAAAAAACGAGUUGGGUUUGAGUCUACGCGACCCGACCAGAAUCUCUCUCGUUUUCGCUCCGCCUCCACUAUCGCAAUGUUUACUACUUUGCUCUGUUGUACUGUAAAUCCAGAUCUGUUUACUGGUUCAGUCACCAUCGAUUACAAUAUUACAAUGUCUCGUCGAAUUUCCCAUGCUCUUGGUAACAUAUCCGCUACUAUUUUCUCUUGUAGGCCUGGGGAUAACCUAUUCAGUCGAUCUAGACCGCGUGAAAGUUGUAAGAGGGACAAACUUUUUUCGCCGCAUGUUCUUCUUGGACGAGAACAGCGGAGACAAAUUGCACACAAUAAAUGGCGUCCUAAAUGUAACAAAACGAGGAGGGAGUCAAUGUACCCCACCCCGAACUGUCUACCUAAAGGCAUGUAAUGUAUAGUGCAUUGAUGUGUCGUGUGUUCUGGAACAGUACGGAAACUCACAAAAAUAACGGUUUGUUUGUGUUUUUGUUUAGGAAAAAGAUAAUCUUGCAGAUGUUGCUUCUUCACUGACCUUUGAUCUUGACUUUGGGUUGGUUGAGCCUUGUGGCAGCUCUCUUUGCCCAGUGUUAAAUGAUUCUCUUCCAACGACUCACACGGCGAAGGUAAGGAGCAAUGUCAAAUAUAACUGGCAAUUGUUUUGACGCUUUGAAGCUACGAGCGGUUUGUUUCCGCGCCUACGCUGCCUCCGUUGACCGCUAAAACCGCUAGCUACGAAGGAUACAGUCGACGAUGUUAAUGAGAAGAGACUCAAAAAAACCAUUAUUUUUCUUUUUGCUACGCGAUGGAUUUGUGCUUACAUGUCAACUAUAUGUGCCUGGCAGAAAGAAGAUAUUGUUAUAUUCGGCAAGUAAAAGGGAAGAAAACUAUUAAUCCAAACGUAUCUUAAAUUUCCUGAGCUUUUCUCUUUGUCCUGAUUUUCAGUUUGCAUUGUUUUUGCUAGGUAUUUUGUCAUCAUCUUCCUAAUAUUUUCUGUUAUAUUAUUGUCACAGGCAUUUUUUAUGAAGAGGUGCAAGAAUCAAAAGGUCUGUGUACCUGACUUAGCAGUUGACGGAAAAGUGGUUUUAGUGGGGUAAGAAGGAAAAAACAAAAACCGUUUGGAUUCGGUUAAUCUGCACUUAGCUUUGUCAUUGGAUUUCACGGAUUAAACGCAACUGUCAUGAGUCGAAAUAAUUUGGGAUUGGAGUACCUUUUUAACCAAUUAGAUGACAGUUUCCGUGGCGAUUAUUGACUUUACUUUUGAUUUUUGAUACCCUUUGAAGGUCGCUCUAGAGGCUUCAAUCGCGUUCUAUGUUUGUCCUUGACAGGUAUGACGAAAAUCGCAGAUUUGACAAUCAGCUGCGAUUAGGUCUCGUGAAAGACCUGAUACUACAACUGACAGUAUCAAACAAGGCUAACGAUUACGCUUAUUACUCCAAACUCGUAGUGAAAUACCCGAGUUCACUGAGUUAUCAGAGAACUGGCGACGUAAGUAAAAAAUAUCUAUGUUUUGAGCAAUUUUCAAUGAGGUGACAAGACUAAUCCGGGACAGUUAUUGGUUGGGAAAACUUGAACCACCCUCGACCAAUCAGAUGCAAGACGGAAAUCGAUCGCGACCUUUCAUGUUUAUUUUGAGUUCUAGUCGAUUCCCUGUUAAAUUUCUAAUAUUCUAGUUUGUUUGGUAUUUUCACGUUUUUUCGAGAUACAUCUUUAAACUUUCUCAUCUCUUUUCCCUUUCAACAUUUUAAUUCAGUGCGAACACGACCGCAGGUUAGACAAUGACACUCAGUCCCAGCUCUCCGUCAUCUGUGACGUGGAAAAGGUGGCUCUUCCAGGACUUAGUAAUGUAAGUGACCUAUGAAAAUCUCUACCGAAAAGUUUUGAGAUGGUGUUAAGAAUCGCCAACGUGUUUUUCGUAAGUAGAUACCGUAAGCAGAUAGGAGUCUUUCUUAUGACAGUCAAACUAACAUUUACGCCUUUAUUAAUUUCACCUUAGAAAACAUUCAGUAUCAAAUUUUCAGCGGCUUCAGUAGAGGAAGAUAUCUCCAUUAUUGUCACAGCUAAAAGGUGAGUUAACUUACAUUAGUUUUCUUUGUUGAUUACCAUCAAUUUAUGUUCAUUACGUUUGGGUGUCAAAGGCAGUCGCUUUUAAAAUACUGGGCAAAGUUUUGUAAAGGCUUUUUCUGUCAAAUCGAGAACUUUCGUCGUCAAAAUGAUCGAUUAAGUUGUCGGAUGUUAUAAUCAGAGUAAUACUUGUUGCUAUAGCGCAAUUCAAAUCAUUAUCGAUUGUUGUCCAAGAUUUCCUUGUGGUUUUGCUUUACAUCGCUAUGUGGUUGCUUAGGAACUUGCGCCUUCCCACUCUCAACCAAUCAGAUGCCAACCUCUCGACCAAUCAGGUUUACGACCAAAACUAAUCAUAAGUUCCUAACUCGGUCAGUUGCAUUUUCCCACGUUUGAGGCGGUAAGCCUGCAUUUACUUUGGGUUCUUCAGUUUUGACUCCGUUGAUGUUUUUCCUGGCUCUGUUGGCUAUCGCAAUUGCUUUAGUUCGGUUUAUGACGCUGACUCAAAGAAAGCGUCUGGAAAACGCUAUCUUGGUGCCGUAUAUUGUGUGAAAAACUUUUUGGUAUGUUUAUAGCCAAGACUUAGAUGCCAAUGAGAAAGACAACAGCAAGGAAUUCUUUAUUGCCGUGAAGUAUGAGGCAGAUCUGGAGAUUAAAGGGUAGGUAUUGAUUGAAGUUGGUACACCAAUCCGCAUUACUGUAUCAUACAAAGUGUCUGUUACGCAUGCCUAAUUCGUCGCAGUAUUUCACUUGUGCGCUGAGCUUGAUUAUCUUCAAGAAGUAUGGUACUAAUCACUGUCUGUCUCCACUCAGUUAUUCAAAACCAGAUCAAGUCAUUUACUCAGGAUCCGUAAAAACGCAGGAGAAAGUCAGAGAGUUUCAAGAGGAGAUUGGACCUGAGAUUGUUCAAACCAUAAAGGUAUACUGAUAGCGAUGUAGUUAAUUUUGUGUUGAAGUAAAAUUUUUCCAAAAUAGAAGAAAUAAUUGGUGACAUGAGCAAAGCGAAAUUUCGCCAAGGAACUUUCUAACUUGAAGUGAGCUUUCCACAGACUGUACCUUUUUAAAUGCUAGGUACUGGUUACAAACUGAUGUUGCUGUGUUAAUUUAUCAAUUCCUUUUAGUCCUAGCUAACAUACAGCACUUUUCUUUACAUUAGGUUUUCAAUCACGGUCCCAGCGUGGUAGACUGGUCUCAGUUAACGAUCACUGUACCUAAACUAUUGAAUAAGGACGAUCCUGAAAGUUUUCUCAUGUAUCUACUUCAAGUUGAGGUGAGAUUAAAAUUCGGGAAUAAUUAUCCAUCGCUUCUCAUGACCAGUCUUUAUAGGAGCAAACGCAACCAGAAUGAGCCUGAUCAAACAUACGAGAUAUUCUUUCAUUGAUUGUUGGAAGUACUGUUCUUUUUCAGGUCAUUGGCUCAGGAAGCUGCAAUGCUGUUGUGAACCCUUUGAACAUUAAGGUAAAGUAUUCACCUUAUGAUAUACAAACCCUCCCCCGUGGGGCUGAGAGAGAAAUCUGUUAUUCAAGAACGCGCGAGAACGCGCUGGUAAUGAAAAUUUCAUCCACGGGUCACAAUUAAGAACUAUCCACGACUUUCACCGACACUGAGGUGAAUAAUUAUUUUUUCACCGACACUAUCAAAAAGUCAGUUUGAAAAUUACUUUUUGAUAUAAACCUUUAAUUGAAAAUUCAUCUCGGUUAAUUGAACUAGCCAAAUGAAAAUCACUAUUCACUUAAGCUAUCUGAUAAUUUGAUGAUAAUAAUAAUCUAACAUUUUUUGAUAUAAUAAAAUUCAUCUCGGUUUCCAAUUUUCAUUUCUUCUGUGUAAUUUGUUUCUUCAGUUCAUAUUCUAUUGGUUUCUUACAGUCAGUGCAGUUGAAUGAAUCCAUCAGCACCGAGAAUUCUGUGAAACAGAGGCAGACACGUGACGUCAAGAGACUGGUUAGUACAUGAAAUACGCAUGGGUGUGUAUGAUCAUAAGUUCUCGACGGCUACAGGCGCUUUCAAAAUAUCUCCUUUUGAGCGAGUUUACUCAAACACAGUUUUACCGUAAUCUAAUAAAGGCGGUACGUUUUUAAGGAAUUUUGUGGUACUACGUGGUUGGAGGGGUGUGACAAGAUAAUUUGGUUGUGACAACUAAGCGCAAAACAAAUCUUGCUAUAAACUUGGCAGAUGCUUUGAUAAUCUGUGCGAAAAAUGUGUUGCAUGCGGUUUCACAACUCAUUUCAAAAAGGUUACUUUUACGAACAUUCACUCGGCUCGCUUAGCCAAUUUUUCUUUCACGGGAGAGGUGGUGAUCUAAUGGUUAGCACGCUUGGACAUCGAAUUGCGGGAGGUCUGGGCUUGAGCCUUGGCUGGGGCGAGUUUAUUGGGAGAAACAUUUUCAGGAUAGAAGUUGAAAAAUUUGGUGGGGGAGGGGGGGGGACUUGGUAAAGGUGGGGCGAACUUGUCAUAUUUGAUAGGGCGACCCCUCGUCUCGGAGUCGAACUGGUAUAGGGCUAAACUUCUAUAAACCAAUGUGUUGUGUACUCAGGCAAGAAUUAAUGUAAUGGGUACACAAGCCAAUUAUCAGAAAAACUCGACGAAUUGCCAGAGAAUCAUUUGUUAUGGUUAAGCAUUACGUCUGAGAGGACUAGCAAUACUCCUAAGCGCUGAAAACUAGGCUCUGAAAAAAAUGGUUUGGUAUAUUCAAUCUCUAACAACCUAUUACUUUGUAGAGCUGUGGAGAAGUCGGUUGCCAAUCAUUCCAGUGCAGUUUGGGACGUCUGAGACAGGGUGAUAAAGCAGAGAUCAAACUAACAUCACGGCUGUGGCAGAAUACACUCAUUAAGGUAUUCUUAAUAUUCCGUGAUCUAUAUUGUGUGUAAGAAUCGUUAGGCAAAAAUUUUGCAUGAGUUGCCAUACCUUUUCAAUAAUGCUCUGUUACAAAACAAUUCCCUACUUUGCCUUUUUUUUUUGUCAAAUCUAUGAACACGAGUCAUCGUCGGUCAUUUCAAAUCACCAAAUAUCAUCUCUUAAUAUCACUUAUAGUGUGUCAUUUUUUAUGCCUUUCUUUCUGCGAUAUUUUUUGUAUUAUUUUAGUAGUAUAGUUAAGUAGAUAAUUGACCCACCUCGCUUAGUGUAUCUUAUUUGCAGAUCAAUUGAAUUUUAUAAGAUGAAUAUGUCACAAAUCAAGUGUUGUGUGUAUGUCAGAGAAAACCCUCCAACGUUAAAAUAAUCGUCGAAAUGUGCGCUGUGGCACUUUGGGGUUGAAAUAUUGGAUUAAAAUCAUUGAGAAUCUUUCCUUCAAAAAAAAUCAUCUCUUACAUCAUCACCCUACCCUCUUAGGGAGCUUUGUGACCUCACAACCCUCCUCCCUCCUUAUAUGUCAAUAUACUUGAUGUUACCUUACAGCUCGAUAAGUCAGCAGUAGUAGAACUUGAAACGAUUGCACAAGUACAGCCUCCAGCGAAAGUCACUCAGCCGGACGUAGGAAAUGAUGCUGUAACGGUGCGUAGCUUGAUUAUACUCUUUUUAAAGUCUGUUUUUGAACAUAUUUGACGACACUAGAGUGUUGAAAAUUUGGUACUGAAUGCAACUAACCUUGUAUUUCAUUUUUUUACGACCACUGUGUGAUUGAUCGAUCGAAGUUGAUUAAGGAGACUGAGCCAGGGGAGUUGAUUCGUUUUCAAAUUUUCGGCUUAAAUUGAAUGUACCAAUUGUAAAAUUACUAGGCAAAUUUACAUAUUAGCAUCCUUCAUUUGGUAAACCUUUAAUUGAAGUUCUGUCCGGACAAGAGUUAGGAAAAUGUGAGCUCGGGUUUUUGGACCAUACAAUAACCUGUUUUGAUGAGUGUUUUCCUUAUAAUUACUUUCUAGGGUAAUCACCAUUUGGAAAUACAAAACCAAUCGUAAAUUCUCUGAACGAAAACAAUCUCCCAUGUCUUCCGCUGGCCAUGUACGUCUAUUUGCUUCGAAUUUUUACAAGCCAAUUUAUAAGUGGGCAGUUUUCCUUAACUGUUCGGUCGGUCUUUGACAAUUGCUUUAGUUACAGUUCUGCGAGGUUUUUAAUUUUCAUUAAUAGGACGUACUGUUUCUUUGGCAGAUCAUUCUCACAGCCAAGCCUGAACGCCCUGUUGCCGGUAAAAAAUCCACCCCCUGGUGGGUAUACUUGGUCUCAGUUCUGGGUGGUGUCAUUUUGCUCGGAAUCGCAGUUUUAAUCCUCUAUAAGGUUUGUAUGUUGUUAAUUAUAUGUCACCGAAAAAAGGGUAGAAAGAUCAAUUUUUUUAAAGAAGCUUGAUUUAAUUGUACAAAUAGCCCUAAAUUAUAAUUGAUGCAUGACAUUUACAAAAAAUAACAUCUGAUGUUCGAGGAUUGUUAUGACUAUGUGGGGUAUCUUUUUUUGCCCUGUUGAAAAAUUCUUGUUCACAAUAGAAGCUAAAAAACGAAUUGUUUUUUUUUUGGGGGGGGGGGGGGAGGGAACAAACACAAAGGCUGCGAGUUGAAAAUGAUCCAAGGCGGAACGAUGAUGGGUGAGGUGGGCACUAGAGAAAUUUGCUAAAUUUUUCAUUAUAUAUGCACUUUGACGCUACGUCUUUUUAAGUCAAGUUCAUCAUGGGUUUUUACAAGCUGAGUUGCCUUCACCAGCAACGGAUCGUGAAAUCCGAAGAUCUGGGGUUUAGAUCCUCGAAGGAAAUUAAGUCUUUUUCUUUAGAUUUUUUAACUUCGUUCUUCAUUUACUUGUUUUCAGCUUGGUUUUUUCAAACGGAAAAAUAAGUCACUGGAGUUAACACCUGAGGAGCUUCUUCCUAUGAAGAAAGUAUAA